AUGGAAAUUCAAUACGAUAAAACGGUGGUUGUCAUACCAAAACAUUUAAAUGUGGAUUUUUUCGAAGAAAUUGUCGAAAAUGCCGUGCAAGAAGCCAAUCCUCGUAUUAAAAGGAUUUUCAUGAAAAUGGGCAGUAGUGCGGGCGAUAAUUAUUGUAGCCUUAUCUAUCGUGUCUUGAUUACGUAUUCGUUAAGUGACGACUCGUGUCCGGAGAAUACAAUUUCGGUAAUUAUUAAAAGUAUGCCGGUUACUAAAUCAAUUGAUUUUCUGGAGGAUAUGAAAGUGUUUUUAAAGGAGAAAGUAUUUUAUUAUCAUGUUUUGCCUAUAAUGGAAAUUUUCACACAUGAUCGCAGACAAUUUGGUGCUAAACUCUAUCAGUGUUUGAAGAAGCCCAUAAAUACUUUAGUUUUCCAAGAUUUGGGAUCUCUGGGUUAUGGUUUAGCUUCUCGAGAGUUGGGUAUGGAUGAAAAUCAUGCUUCGUUGGUGUUAAGACGUUUAGCACAAUUUCACAGUAUUUCCCUUGUGGUUAAACAGAAGCGUUCAAGCAUCAUUUCGGACUAG